AUGCGCAGCUUAAUUGGGGCCCUGGAGCAUUUGCAGCGAGUGAAGAUCCUGAUCAUCAAGGAGUGUAGUGAUAUCACGACUCUGCCCGUGUCUCUUCCCCGCGUGCCUGCACUCACCGAACUCAACCUCGACAUGGGACGACUUUCAGUGCUGCCCGAAGAUCUCGGGCAGCUGUCAGUGCUUCGAACGCUCGUGCUGAACCUGAGGAGUCUCACAGCCUUACCUGAUUCCAUCGCUCUGGUUACCACACUGAAAGAGCUCUCCCUCACUGAUCUACUGAAUCUGACACAUCUGCCCCAAGAGUUCGGGCAGCUGGUUUCUUUGGAGAAGCUGUGCCUGAAGCGCCUUCCGCAGCUCACACAUCUGCCCGAAUCCUUCGGACAGCUGGCAGCUCUUCGGGAGGUGAAGUUUUUGGAGUGUGGAAAUCUGCAGCAGCUCCCGGACUCCCUAUCGCAGCUAUCUUCUCUCGAGCACCUCGAGUUGGAAUAUUCGCCGCGCCUCACGGUGUUGCCAGACGACAUGGGAAAGGGUCUGCACUCCUUGCGCCAUUUAUUUCUACUGGACUGCACCGCUCUCACCCACCUCCCUCCAUCCUUCUCUGGUCUGACGUCUCUCGAAACCCUCCGGAUCCGAUGCGCGAAACGCUUCAGGGGGGCGCUGCUAGACGGCUUUGGGAGUUUGAAGAGCCUCAAGGAGCUGUCGCUCGGCUCUAUGCCGCGCCUAUCCUCCCUUCCUGCCUCCUUCUCGGGUGUUUCUUCCCUCACCACCCUGGAAGUGGGGAAUUGCCCUAAAGUAACGGUCCUGCCUGAGGGAAUCGGACGGCUGGAGAAGCUGGAGGAGGUCAGGAUCUUUGGGAUGGACGGCCUGAUUUGUCUCCCUCCGUCGCUUCUUGACCUGCCUUGUCUGCGGGCGCUGGACGUGCGGGGAUGUGAUGGGUUAAGUGCGGUGCUAGGCGAUGAGAAAGUGCUUAGACGUACUGCUAGGGGUUUUGUGACCAGCACCGGCAGCACCAGCCGCAGCAGCAGUCGCCCUCUGCUUCCUUCCAUUCAGAGCCUGAAGUUAAAGGAGCUUAAUGUUGAGUCCUUUGGCCCGUCACUUGGUCGUCUAUCCUCUCUGACCCAGCUGAAGCUUCUGGAAAUGGACAGGCUUGAGUCUCUCCCUGAUUCCAUCUCUCAACUCUCGCAUCUGCAAAGGCUUAAGGUUGAUUCUGCUUCUAUUCUGAAAGCACUGCCCGAAACCCUUGGAGGGCUGGCAGGGCUGCGUGUCUUGCAGCUGGUUUACCUCACGACAAUGCGGCAGCUGCCCGAGUCUCUCGGGCAGCUGAAAAAGCUCGAGACACUGGAGAUUAUCGAUUGCUUCAAGCUGAUGCAGCUUCCGGAUUCGUUUGUGAAUUUAUCCAAGCUGCGAUCCUGCUCUUUUAUCAAGCUCGGAGUCUCAAUCAUCCCUGAUGACAUCUGGAAGCUGUCUUCCCUCCAGAAGUUGCUGAUUCUGGGAUUGAAGCAGUUGCAAAGCUUGCCAGAUUCGUUCACCCAGCUGCCUAAGCUUGAGGAGCUGGAGGUGUGUGCGUGCAAGAAGCUGACUCGGUUGGAAGUUGGGAAUUGGGAAGAGGAGAGUGGUGGUGAGGAUGAGGAGAGUGGUGGUGAAGAUGAGGAUAUUGAGCAUGAGUAUGCCUUGGACAGUGAUUAUGAGACGGGUGAUGGCGGACGCUGGGGGGAGAGUGAUGACGAAGACUAG